GGGGUCCUUAACUUGUAGGUGCAUGCGUGCCUCCCUCCGAGUCCGAGUACUGCACAGAUUUUUGCCACCCUAUCUCUUCACUGGUUCAGCAGCUUAGCUUAUUGCGACACACCUCUCCCUCUCCUUCUCCUUCACUUCUUAUCCUUCCAGUAUAUCGACCACAAAUAUUUCAUCUCUCAUUCAAAGGGAAAAGGAAAAAGAUGGCCAAAUCCACAAGACUUGAACUACUCUUACCAUUCUUCACAACACUUUUACUCUUUGCAGCUUAUGUUGUACAAGGGUCCAGAACUCAAGUAGCAGAACUUCCACACAAUCAAAGGGUCAAUGAUUUCUCUACAUCACAAGAAGAAAAAUCAAAUCAGAGAAGCAAGGAAAGGAUGAAUUAUGCAAGGAGACUGAUGAUUGGAUCCACAGCACCAACAUGCACUUACAACGAAUGCAGAGGGUGCAAGUACAAGUGCAGAGCUGAGCAAGUCCCUGUGGAGGGAAAUGACCCCAUCCAUAGUGCAUACCACUACAGAUGUGUUUGUCAUAGGUAAAAUAUUAGUACUUCACAUUUGUGGGUUUGAGAGAUGAGUUGGGACUUUGUUUCAAAGUAGAUUCAAUCGUCCAUCAGAAUCCAAAAUUUCCAACCUUUCAAGGAAAAAACAAAAGUCCCAUUUUUGCUGGUGUAGCAGAAUUAAGUUCAAUGGGGUUGUCCUAAAUUGGCUGUUGUUAUCUACUCUGGAUUUUUUUAAUGAAGGAAAGUGCAUCAAUUUUUGGUUUA